UCAGGAUAGAUUUUGCACAUUCCUAUAAUUACAAUUAUAAUGCCUCCCCUCAUUAGAAUGAAAGCUCUUCCCAAGCAAGGAGUGCCAUGCAACAGUGAGGGUCCAGUGGAGCUUAUAUAAUUUGAAUUUAUCAGGGGUAUCUAGGUGGCCCAGUGGAUAGAGCACCGGCCCUGGAGUUCAAAUCCGACCUCAGACACUUAACACUUACUAGCUAUGUGACCCUAGGCAAGUCACUUAACCCCAAUUGCCUCACUAAAAAUUUUUUUUUAAAUAAUAAAUAAUUUGAAUUGAUGAUGGCCCCACUUGGCACUGUGGUGUGAUCUCCUCCAAGAAAGAGGAUGGGGGGCAGAGGAAGCUGAGGAUCAAGGAUUGACAGAAAAGGGGGCCAGGCUUCAAGUUUGCUCCUGACAAGGACCAGCUCUGUAAGGUGAGGCAAGUGAUUUCACGUCUCAGGCCCCCAGGCAAGCCUCAAAGAAUUCAAAUGGCUGAUGAUGUGUGCCAAGAUUGCUGGAUUCAAGUAUCUGAAGACCCAUCGGGUGCUAGAGGGAUUCUCCUUGUUCAGUUUGGCCCCAGUGAGCAGAACCAAGGGGUGUUAGUUAAAGAGACAAAGAUGGUGGCGUGAUGUCAGGAAACCCUUCCUUGUGGUUAGAAGUCUCCACAAGGGGAAUGGGCCGCCCCAGGAGGCAGCGGGGGCUCCCAGCAGAGGCUGAUGGGGGAUGGCAGAAGGCAUUUGUGAUCACCAUCUUCUAGAUUCUGGAAUGCUGUGGUCUUCACACCUUCUUGCUAGUGUUUGUGCUUUCUACAAUUCUAGGUUUCCAGUUCUCUCACUAGUUUUUACUUUAUAGGCAGUUGAUUAUAUUGGAGUCAGGAAGACCUGGGUUCUGGUCCUCACUCAGCCGCUGACAAGCUGUGUGAACCAGAGCUCGUCUGGAAAAUGAGGGGGUCGGACUCAGAGGCCUCGAAAGCCCCUCCCACCUCGAAAUCCAUGUUCCUUCGCCUUCUCACUCUGUUUGCUGACCGCUGACCUUUGGUUUUCUAGCUAAACUUCCAGCUUUCUGGCUAUAGUUCCAACUCUCUGGCUCUGGCUCCGCUUUUCCAUCGAGUCUGUUCCGUUCUAACUGAUCCCCAGCUCUCCAGCUGCGUUUGGGAUCUUAGAUUUAGAGCCUGAAGGAAGUUCAGUGGCUGAACCCGUUUUACAGAUGAGGAAAGUGAGGCCCAGAGAGGCCAAGUGAUUUUCCACGGUCACAUCGGGAGCAUCAGAAUCUAGGUCUUCUUCUACCUCUAAAGGCCAGUGUGGUCUCCCCAGGACUCGACCGCCUCCCGCCUCCCGGGGAUGUUGGCCUCCUUCCCCCUCUGCUUUGGGCUUUCGACCUAGAUUUCCAGCUUUUCCGUCUGGCCGCGGGGCUUUCUCGCUAACGAAUGAAUAAAUGCAUGAGGAUUCACUCGUGUUAACCAGCCGAGGCCGCUGCUCUUUCAGGUGCACGUGGCUGCUCCGCCUCCCCGGUUCCCUCCUGCGGACGCAUCGGGCCGUGCCCACCGAGCCUGGAGAUGUGCGGCCCCUUCCUCUUCUGGACGGCAGCGCUGCUUUCCCUGCUGGAGCCCGGCUCCCACCACGCGUGUCACGGAGCCUGCCUCUGCCAGGACAGGUCCCGCUCAGUGAACUGCUCCGGGGUGAACCUGACCGGGCCCCUCUCCUUCCCCCCGGACACAGAGCGCUUGGACCUGUCUGGGGGUCACCUGCUCGAGGUCCCGGGCCCCUCCCUGAGGCUCCUGUGGAAACUGCAGGUGCUGCUCCUGGGGGGCAACCGUAUCCGGGCGGUGGGCGAGGGCGCCUUGGGCGCGCUGGAGAGCCUGCGGACGCUGGACCUGCGGCACAACGAGAUCUCGGCGCUGGGCCGCGGCUUCUCGGCGGGGCUCGGCGCGCUGCGGGAGCUCAGCCUGGCCCACAACCGGCUGCGGCGGCUCGAGGCCGGCAGCUUCCAGCACUUCGAGGAGCUGCAGAAGCUGAACCUUCAAAACAACGCCAUCCGCUCCAUCGAGGCCGGCACGUUCCGUAGCCUGACGCGCUUGAGGCAGCUCCGCCUGCAGAACAACCUCCUGCAGCACCUGCAGGACGGCGUCUUCUCCACGCUCCGGCGCCUCGAGAGCCUGGACCUGGAGGGCAACCAGAUUCAGAGCAUCGCGCCCGGGGUCUUCUCGGCCCUCCAGAGCCUGACGAUGCUCAACCUGGCCCACAAUGCCCUGGGCCACGUCCGCUUCCGAACCUUCCUCUCCAUGCAGGCCCCCAGCACCCACGUGGUGCUGGCGCACAACCCCUGGGUGUGCGAUUGUGACCUUCAGCGGGUCUUCGGGAAGCUGCGCAGGGUGCCCGGGCUGAUGCUGGACGCCUACGGCAACGUGACGUGCCUGGAGCCCCCCGUCCUGCGGAACUUGCCGCUGGCGCUGGUGGACACUCAGCUGUGCGCCGCCGAGACCGCCACCGUGCUCGUUAUCACCUUCACCGUCUGCGUCACCGUCGUGGCCGCCAUCGUCAUGGCCGAGAGGAACCGGAAGAAGAGGACGGGCAAGCACUGGAGUGAGGACCGCGAGAUGGCCUACGAGGCCCCAGAGUGAAAGGAGGCCCCGCUCCGGCCGGGUCGGUGGGGCCUGGGGCGGGGCUCGCCGGGCCCACGCUGCUUCCUCGGGAGUCCUCGGUGACUUCUGCUGGGAAGUGAGAGCACACUAGUGCAUCCCCUCUGCCAGUCCUCCGGGUUCUUUUAGAUGACAAAAGCCCGCCGAAAAAUGGCAGUGAGCUUAGCCCUGCUGCUUCGCCCCGUACAUCACUUAGAGCCAGAAGGGGCCUACUCAGCCCCCGCCUCUGACACCUGCUACCUGGGGAAUCCCGAGGUCACCUUCUCUUCUUGGACUUUGCUGUCUUCUUUUGUAAAAUGAAAGGACUGGGCUCAACUGCCUCUAAGGUCCUCUCCGGCCCCAAAUCUGCCAUCCUACAUCCGGGAAGAUGAUCUAAACGGUCCAGCAGGACACCCAGCUUUGAUUCCACCUGAGAAACCAGUUAUAUAAACAUGGUCAAGUCUGUUAAAUGCUCGAAACCUCAGUUUCCUUAUUGUGUGUGGGGGGGGGGAGAGAAGAGUGGAGAGGGGGGAGGGAGAGACAG